AUGUCUUCGUCCGCGCCGCACCCGAAUAAACGGCGCAGGGCCACCUUGGCCUGCCAAUCCUGUCGGCAGAGGAAAUCCCGGUGUUCAGGUGAUCGGCCAUGUGCUCUAUGCCGCGAAUUGGAAAUCGAAUGUUUGUAUUCUGGGGGUGCUGGUCCCAAUAAUUUGACCUUGGGAAAAAGUUACAUCCUGCAACUGGAGCAGCGACUAGAGAAGAUGGAAGCUUCAAUACGGCAGCUCCGGGACCAUUCUUUAACGGCGCCCAUAGACAGCAAAGAAUCGAGUGAAGGCCCGAGUAGGGAGUCAGAGGACCCAUUGAAAGAUGCACGGGAUUCUUCAACUGCCUCCGCAGCAGCACCAAAUCCUGGGGACCAUAAUACAUCAGAGCCCCUGGGAGAAACUGAUGUAUCUGAGAGCUCGGUAGACGGAAUGGGAGCGCUGCAGUUUACAGACGAAGAAAAUUGCGGUUUCUUCGGGCCCUCUUCUAAUAUUGCAUUUCUGCGGUAUAUUUCCCGAGCGAUAGCAAAGACAAGCUCUCACAGGGAACCGUCCCUGAUCCCGUCUCCAUCCCGGAGGACCUGCGGGCCGACCAGCGGUGCCAAAUCACCAACUACGGGCCGCCCGGCGAGUGUUGAGAGCCUUAAUUCGAGCGCGGUAGUCAACCUCUACGCUCUACCAAGCGAGGAGCGUACGUGGAGUCUAAUUCAGCAGUACUUCCAUAAGACCGGACAGCUUCUGCCUUUUAUCCAUGAAAAUUCAUUCUGCGAGACAUACUUUCAGAUGAAGAAGGAAAGAUUUUGCAAGGUUCGUAGAACCUGGCUCGGUCUGCUCAACAUCGUCCUUGCUAUUGCAGCAAGUCUGUCUACCAAAGGUGAUAUGACUGCGGAGAAACGACUACAGGAAUCAGAUGUGUAUUAUCAAAGAGCAAAUGGCCUCUGUGAUCGAGAUUCUAAACGAAAUGCCAGCUUAGAAAUGGUGCAAUAUCUUCUAAUUCUGGGUCAGUACCUACAAGGUACCCAAAAGCCAGUCCAAGCUUGGACGGCACAUGGGUUGGCAAUAUCUGCUGCGUAUCAAUUGGGUCUACACUCUCCGGAUGCAAACCGGGGAUUUCCUCCGGUGGAAUGUGAGACUCGUAAACGCACCUGGUUUGGAUGUGUCCUUCUUGACCGUACUUUGAGCAUGACUUUCGGCCGCCCUUGUAAUAUACCUGAAUCCUACGUGAAGCUGGAAAUGCCCUCUCAGGACUUGCAGAUGUUGCGCUCGCCCGUGGAGUCUACCACUUACCGAAUGUUGGAGGGCUCUUUUUUUACGGCUGCAGUAAAGCUAUACGUUAUACUCUAUAAUGUGCUCGAAUCGUGCUACGGGGCCAAUUUAGGGUUCGAAAUUUCCACGAGCCCUUUAGGCGCCAUGGCUGGGAUCCUCGAAGGGCAGCGCCAGCUCGAUGAAUGGCGACUUCAACAGUUGCCCUCCCUGGGACUGACAGUCUGCGACAGCCCCUUAAAUCUGGAUGACGUUGAGAAUAUGGAUACUGGGUCGAUAAUCCGCCGUCGUUUCGAAGUUGUCCUUUCCGUGCGCUAUAACAACCUUCGAAUACUGGUGCAUCGCCGCUGCUUGGAGAGCCUCCUUGACCCAAUUCAGGUAGAAGGUGACACUUCGGUGACGUCCGAAAUGCGGCUACUUCAGCAAAUGGGACUAAGCAGCGUCAUGAUCUGUGUUGAAUCUGCUAUGUCUAUCAUCUCGAUUGUACACAAUAUGUCUGCCGGUAGUGGCUGGCGACGUGAGUUCUUGGGUGCAUGGAAUUAUUCACUCUAUUACACUUUCAAUGCAGCACUAGUUAUUUUCGGCUCCCUCAUUGUGGCAUCGAAGGAGCGUGACCGCAACCCGUCAGCCUGGAUCAUGAUUAGCCAUUCCCGGUCGUAUAUUGACACGGCGGCUGAAGCACUGCGUCAGCUUGACCCGGGAAACCCUGUUGUUGAACGGUGUCAAGAAUAUCUUUCGCAGCUAUCCGCAACAUUGGAUCCUCUCAUUUCAGAAGAGCCAUAUUGUGAUAAUAGGCUUUCUUUCGACUUUCCUACCGAAUAUUCAACCGGGCUGUUUUCUCUUCACAGUGCCGACUUAGUACCGCCCAUGGACUUUGGCGAAUUCAUGAUUGGUUAGGGUUGUAGCUGUUCAGUACGGCCCUCGGAAUAGCGAGGCAUUGACUGCCACUUAACUGUAGUGGCGCAAACAGAGAAGGGACCUCGUAGGUACAAGCUGGGCGAUGCAACUGUCCGACCCUCUCGAGAGGGAUUCGCCGCGGAAGGAGCAAAUAGUCUCAGUAUCCAGCUUUGCCGUAGGAAUGAGAAAACUGAACUCUGG